AUAAUCUUUCCGUCCCUUUGUCUUCGACAUCUGUCGGAGAGAUACGAAGGCACAACAAUGGAGGGUGUAAUCAUGCGCAGCAACUCCAGUUCUCCAUUGGCAACGACACCUUUCAAGCGAGAAACCCAUCCUGAAUCUCCAUCUAAACCCCCCAAGAUUUCAGUCAGCAAGACCCAUGAACCAUUACCCAUAAAACUGAACCCAAGAAGAAUCACAGAAGCACGCUUGAACCACCUCUGCGGAGCCGGGCGCCUCAGGGAAGCAAUCGAAGCUCUCGACUCCAUUUCCCGACGUGGGUCCAAGGUAAGACCCGACACCUUCAACCGCUUGAUUAAGUCUUGCGUUCAAGCUCGUUCAAUCCUCUUAGGCCGUAAGCUGCAUAACCAUAUUGGUUUGGUGAGUGAUUUAGACUCGUUUACGGAGAUCAAGUUGCUCGGGAUGUAUGCUAAGUGUGGGUCGUUAGAAGAUGCGCGUAAGGUGUUUGAUGAGAUGCGGGAGAGGAACAUGUACGCGUGGUCGGCCAUGAUCGGCGCGUGUUCGAGAGAGCACAGGUGGAGGGAUGUGGUGGAGCUUUUUUAUGGGAUGGUGGUGGGAGACGGGAUUGUGCCGGAUUUUUUUCUUUUCAUUAAGAUUUUGCAGGCUUGUGGGAAAUGUGGGGAUGUAGGGACUGGGAGGUUAAUACAUUCGAUAGCAGUACGGUCUGGUAUGAGCGCUGAAACCCGUCUUGCGAAUUCGAUUUUGGCAGUUUACGCAAAAUGUGGGAGGUUGAGUUGGGCCAAGAGGUUUUUUGGGAAAAUGGAGGUGAAGAACAAGGUUUCUUGGAAUGCAAUUAUAACUGGGUAUUGUCUGAAGGGUGAGAUCGGAGAGGCACGGCGACUUUUUAACUUGAUGAGGGAAGAAGGGAUUGAACCCAAUUUGGUAACUUGGAACAUAUUGAUGACAAGUUAUAACCAGUCGGGGAACUUUGAGCUUGCGAUGGAAGUGAUGGAGGAAAUGAAGAGUUUUGGAAUCACCCCUGAUGUCGUCACUUGGACUACGAUGAUUUCAGGGCUUGCACAAAAUAACAGGAAAAGCCGGGCAUUGGAAGUGUUUGGGGAGAUGCUUUUGGCCGGGGUUGAACCGAAUGAGAUUACCGUUACAUCUGCGAUCUCCGCAUGUGCAUCACUCAAAGCUCUAUCGAUUGGAGAGAAACUCCACUCUUUUGCUGUUAAGAUAGGAUGUACUGAAGAUGUACUAGUCGGGAAUUCACUCAUUGACAUGUAUUCCAAGUGUGGGAAGCUUGAUACUGCUCGGCGGGCUUUUGAUUUGAUUGCAAGGAAAGAUGUCUACAGUUGGAACUCAAUGAUUGGAGGCUAUUGCCAAUCUGGAUACUUGGGGAAAGCCCAUGAUCUAUUCAUAAACAUGCAGGUAUCGGAUAUACCACCUAAUGUAGUCACAUGGAACACAAUGAUAACAGGCUAUAUGCGAAAUGGAGAUGAGGAUCAAGGCAUGGACCUUUUCCAGAGGAUGGUGAAGGAUGGGAACAUUAAACGAGAUACUGCUUCAUGGAACUCUGUUAUUUCCGGCUACUUGCAAAAUGGGAACAAAGAUAAGGCAUUGGGGAUAUUUCGACAAAUGCAGUCACUCUUUGUUAGACCAAAUGCAGUUUCAAUUUUGAGCCUCUUACCUGCCUGUGCAAAUUUAGUUGCUGUGAAGAAAGUGAGAGAGAUCCAUGGUUGUGUAUUGCGCAGAAAUUUACAACCUGAGUUGUUUGUUGCAAAUGCACUUAUAGAUUCUUAUGCCAAGUCUGGGACUAUAUUGUAUUCAAGAAACAUAUUUGAUGGCAUGUCAAGAAAAGAUGUCAAAACCUGGAAUAGAAUGAUCGCUGGUUAUGUUUUGCAUGGUCGUUCAUAUGUUGCACUUGACCUAUUUGACCAGAUGAAAAAGGUGGGGCUUAAACCAAAUCAAGAAACCUUAGUGUCUAUCAUCUCCGCAUGCGGUCUUGCUGGAAUGGUUGAUGAGGGGAAGCGAGUUUUCUCUAGCAUGACUGAAAACGACGACAUUUCACCAUGUUUGGAUCAUUGUCUUGCUAUGGUACAUCUAUUUGGCCGUUCGGGUAGGCUUGAGGAAGCAAUUGACUUUGUUGAAAAUAUGGCCGUAGAGCCUGACUUCUCUGUUUGGUCUGCCUUACUAAUUGCUGGAAGGAUUCAUGUGAAUACUAGGUUGGUAGUCUAUGCUGGGGAAAGAUUACUUGAAUUAAAACCAGGGGAUGCCUUCAUUCAGCGCUUUGUGUUACAGACAUAUGCCUUAUGCGGGAUCUCUGCAGACUCUUUAAAUAUGAGAAAGCAUGUUAAGGGAAAUGAGACUAAAGAAUCUCGUGGGUGGAGCUGGAUUGAAGUUAAAAACAAAGUACACACUUUUGUUGUAGGUGAUCAUUCUAAAACUAAUUCCGACAUUCUGUAUGCUUGGAUUAGAACCAUGGCAAGAAAAAUCAGGGGAUGUGCUCCUCGUGAUGGACUUCACAUCCAAGAAGAAGAGAAGGAAGAAAUAGGUGCGGUCCAUAGUGAAAAACUUGCAAUUGCUUUUGCCCUUGUUGGCACACCUCAAGCAUCUCGAUGUAUUCGGAUCGUGAAUGACCUUAGAAUAUGUGGAGACUGCCAUCAAACUGCCAAAUAUAUCUCCAAGACGUAUGGAUGUGAAAUAUAUUUCAGUGACACUGUGUGUUUACACCAUUUCAAAAGUGGGCAAUGCUCAUGUAGGGAUUACUGGUAGAUAAGGAACACGAGCAUCGUGAAAGGUUUGUUCGGCGGAGUAGAGUACUAGUGUGAGAGACUGAUUUUUUGUUGAAGCGCAUGGAUCCUGCUGCAACAACAGGUGAUAAUUAUACCCGUGCAUUGAGGAAGGUCAGAUAGAAGAAAUUAGUGGGAGAUGAGUUGUCUUUGUCUGUUUUGUCAUGCCGCCAAGCAUUUCAAAGUGUACAUAUUGUAUGUGUGUGUUAGAACACUUAACCUUGUAAGAACUUUAAAACACAAUAUGAACCUGCAAUUUAUCUGAUGAAACAGUUAUCAAUGUCAUGCGUUGGCGAUAAGGGUACAAAAUGUCACCUUCUAAUAGCUCUCCAAUUUUAAACCAAGAAGAGGAAAAUACCUAUUUUCUUGGAUUCACUGAUCUGCCAUUAGAACUGAAGAUUAAAUAUAUCGCUAUGAGGCAUCUUCUCAGUAACUGUCAAAGUUGAAGCAGAAUCAAAAGAUCGAUAAUGGAAAGUCAAUGGACUUGUGCAAGUAUCAGAGGUCUGGAUGUAUGGCUAAUAGGCUGAACGUGUGGUCAUGUUCAAAAGUUGAGCUGUUUGUAUACUUCACAUGUGAACUCAUCUUUCUUUUUGUAAUCGAGAACAUUCUGUACCAUCAUAGAGCAUAUGUUGCAUGGAAUAUUUCUAGACAGAAAAGGGUACUUGUAUGAGAUAUUCUUGUUUUCUGGAUCCAAUUCUCUUCCAUUCAAUUCAUUCCCGCCAUACUGGAAUCCCGAAUUUGCUUAUGCAAACUGUUUCCAAUCUGAUAGAAGCAUUCACGCACCUGUCUUCUGGUUGAUAAAUUCUUCAUGGACAUUGGCUAGCAACUCGAUACAACUGCACUCAUCCAUCUGCACCUCUCUCUCUUUCUUCAACCACUGUUCAGACAAGGCCUUAUAUUUGUGGACUGAGGCUCCCAGGGUAUUUGUUGCCCUCCUAAGCUUCCUUACUAAGGCACCAUCCAAAAAAGUUUGAUUCAGGUACCUUUUACAAUUUUACGAUGUUACCCAUAAAAUUGUAACGGUUGGCAACAACUAUCUAAGGAGUUCUGGAGGCGGAAGAAUAAAAAACAGUUGGGAGUUUCUAAUAUUUGACAAUAUUAGAUGGUACAUUUCGUCAAAAUGCUAUUAUAGAGGAGAGUGAGAAUUUUGAUUGAUUGUAGAUCAGCCUCUUUAUCCUUUUCCUCAUGCAGUAUUGGAUAUGAUGGCUACAGAGGCUGAUUCUGUCAGCAGUAGGCACAUCAGCCUCUGUAGUCGUUUUCUCAUGCAGUAUUGGCUAUAAUCAGUUCCAAGUGGUAUGACGAAUAUUGUGCUGAAAACUAAAUUAAGACCAAAAUCUUGCUCAAACUGUGGGAGCAAAACAGUUGCAGCCAGGGAAGUUGAAGAAAAGAAAGUGGCAGCAGCAGGGGAAGGAAACAAAGCCGUCCAGAUUAACGAUUCAGAGAAAGUUCAGAAAAAGUGGCCUUGUGCUCUAUGUCAGGUGACAACCACGUGCAAGAAGAACUUGGAUUCUUAUUGAAGGGAGAAAACACGAGGCCAAGUGGGACCGGCUCAAUGCAAGUGACCCCCUUUGAUUUUGAAGUCGGUGAUAUCUUGGGGUGUAAACUUCUGCUGAAGGAAAUCUGUUGGCUGCACAGUUGUCAAAUUAGUUCUUGCUGCUGCUAUCUAUCAUCUAUGGGGCGAAAGAAACUGCAGAAUUUUCAAACAGAAAUUAGUGGUUUGGCGGGUGGUCCGUGAUCAGAUUAUAGACAAUGUUAGAGCUUGUCUGUGUAUGGCGUAAUACGGAUCAUUCAGUGUCCAACCUCAGGCUUCUGGAGGCUUGGAGAGUUCCUAGAUUUGUUUUAAAAACUGUAUAGCCUGUCUCUAUUUUCUAUUCUAUCUAUCCUUGUUUGGUAGGAAGGUUUUGUUCCUGAUUGUAUUGGUUGUUUGGGUCCAAGGUCAUUCCCUUGCCCUCUUUUCUUUCUUUGGUUGGUUUAUAAAAUCUUUUAACUUCAAGAACAA